AUGAUUUUCUAGAAGUGUAGUUGCAUUAUAUUAUGAUAGAACCGUUGCAUUAGAUCAUUUCCCUAUUCUAUAUGCAAUUAUAGUUAUACAUGCAACGCACCAAGUCAUUUGCCUCGUCCCAAAAAUAAGGUGCAUCAAUGAUUUUGGUUUAUUUUAAUUUCUUGAACUCGGGCUCGACUGAGGCGAGUUAUUCCAUCUCACACAAGUAACUCGCCUCAUCCAAGGCCAAAGAGAGACGCCCAUAGCCGAGUCGAGUCCCAUUACCUUGGUUCAUGUUAUUUUGGUCCAUUUUAGUUAUUGAUGCUUAGGGUUCUUUCUUUUCUCCUUGGCAUGUUCUUUCCUUCCCACUGUAAAAAGAGAAAUGCUAAAAGUAACCUGAUCUUAAUGUAAUAAAGUGUGCACAACCACCUUUUCCUUUUAGCAAAUCCUUUGCUUCAAAUCUAGGCCAACCUUACAAUAUAAAACUAAUAUAUGAGAAUAAAAUUCUAUCAAAAACACAUCGAAAUUGGGUGUCUAACUAUUAGAUAUGCCUGACUCCCUUUACGCUUUACCUCAUUCUUUGCUUCCCAAAUAAAAAAGAGAAGAUGGUGAUCAUUGAUGACCUCUGAUGGAACGAAAUGUGCAUCGCCAUCCUCAUUUUAAGCACAUUCUCUUCUUCCCAGACAUUAAAACUGGACAAACCAAACAUAUAGAGCUAAUAGCAGAGAGAAAUCCUUCCCAUUGCAAACACACACAAGUUAGGCACGAGCACUUCUCAAGGUCUGGUUUUUGAGGAACACUGCAAUGGCAGAAUCUGCUGUUACAUUUCUCUGGGAGAAAUCAAACGAUUUUAUCAUAAAGGAAGUGCAGCUCCGUAGUGGAGUGCGUGAAGAUGCCAUCUGGAUUAGAGAUGUGCUCCAGGAAAUGAAAAGGUUCCUACGGAGCGCUGAUUAAAGAAACGAGACAGAUGAGGGACUGAGAGGUUGGGUGGGAGAUGUGAUAGAGGUGGCCUAUGUUGCGGAUGAUGCCCUCGACGAGUUCAUCACUCAGAUGAAUAAUUUAAAGCUCCACAGAGGACGAAAGUGUGAAUUAAAUUUAGUCAAGAAGCUCACUGUCUAUAAUAAGUUUGCGACUGAGGUCGAAAGAAUUAGGAGGAGGGUUCAGAAAGUUAAAGAUAGGAGCUCAGGGUACCAUUUGGAGGUGGCAAGAGAUGGAGGGGUGCCCUCAAAUGAUUCCUUCAUACAUUGGAAAGAUCCACGCCUUGCUUUUUCUCCAAUGGAGAAAGCUGAUAUCGUGGGGAUCGACAAUCCUGUAAGUGAAUUAAGUUCUUGGUUAUUCAGUAUGGGGUCGAAAAGUACAGUGCUUUCAUUGGUGGGAAUGGGUGGGGUGGGUAAGACCAGAGUAGCAAAGAGAGUUUACAAUUCCAACAGCAACAAUUUUGCAAGUUGUGUACGGGUCACUGUAUCACAAUCCUUUAAGAUUGUAGACAUACUUGAAUCUAACAUCAAUGAAUUUGGCAUUGCAAGAAGUCUGGAGGGGAGUUCAAAUGAAUCUGAGAAGGAGCUCCAAUCCAAGCUAUUGAACUAUCUCAAUGAUCAUCGUACUUAAUAUGGCUAUGGAUUGUUGAAGAGAAAUGACUCUCAGGAAGUCAUGGGUGGACACAGCAAAUGAGUACUUCAAAGAGCUUCUUGACCCAAAUAUGCUACUAAUUGGUGUGGUAGAGGAUGAUGGGGAUGCCGUCUCUUGCCGACUUCAUGAUGUUGAACUCGAGUUCGCUAUCCCCAUUGCCAAGGAGGAGAUACUGAGUGAAUUCUAUGGUGGAGACUGUAAUUUUCGAACCCUCAUACAAAAAACCUGCCGCCUCUUUAUUGCUGGCAAUUAUAAAUAAAUUUUGAAGAAAAGAGACAUGCCCCGAGUUCGCUCUCUAUUAAUGUUUCGAGGUGGCAAAUCGGAUGGCUCUUUUUGAGAAUCACUGAGUUGCAAAUUCAGGAGGUUGAGAGUAUUGCUUGUGGAAAGUAGUGAAUUGUCAGAAAUUCCUAUUAAUGUGAGGGAUGUAGAAAGAAAUGAUCCACAUAAUUUGCAAGAACUUACCCCUGUGAACAUAAAACAUUGUAUGUAACAGGAAAACGAUUACUAUUUCCUAAAACGAGAUCGACAUCGAACUAAGGCAUGUAGGAGCCCGAAAAUAAUCUUC